CAAACAAAUCUAGUAAUAAAAUAAGUAAACGCCUUAACCUUAUAUUUUUUAAAGUUUGCAUUAAGCUGUUACCACGUGAAAACAUCAAAAAAUGUUUAAUUCUACUGAUCACGGUCUUUCUAAAGACUUUCGACUCACCAAUUUCUCGACUUUAAGAGGGUGAGGAUGUAAGUUGCCUGAAGCGGUACUCCUAAGGUAUCUACAGGAAACAGACAUUUUACAUAAAGUUGCUCACGAUGAAAACAAAAAGGAUAAGGAUGGAUUUAUUGGUUCUGGAAUGGAUUGUGCUGUUAUACCUUUGGCUCGCCACAAAAACUAUUUUCUCGUUCAAACUGUUGACUUUUUCUAUCCAUUAAUUAAUGAUCCCAAAAUAAUGGGCAAAAUAGCUUUAGCCAAUGUUGUAAGCGACAUGUAUGCGGUGGGUGUCACGACAUUUGAUAAACUGAAUAUGCUUGUUAGCGUUUCAACAGAAUUUUCAGAAUUGGAAAGGGAUGUUAUCGUACCACAAAUAGUUGAGGGAUUUCUCGAAUCGGCAAAGGAGGUCGGAAUUCGUGUACAUGUGCAGAGUGUUUCUUACAAUCCUUGGUGCAUAAUAGGCGGCAUAGCUAGCUCACUUUGUACUGAAGCAGAAAUUAUUAUGCCCUCAAAUGCUGUAGAUGGUGAUGCCAUUAUAUUAACUAAACCACUCGGUACACAACUAGCUACCAACGCCUAUAUUUGGAUGGAGGAGAAAAAUGAGAAAUAUCUUAAAAUAUCUGCACGUUUGAGUGAUAAUGACAUUAGGAAAACUUUCAACAACGCUGUUAAGUCAAUGACAUUCCUCAACAAGAUUGCCGCUCAACUUAUGCACAAAUAUAAAGCACAUGCUGCCACUGAUGUGACUGGUUUUGGUUUGCUCGGACAUGCAAAGAAUCUCGCUUGUUUCCAGAAAGAUAAAUUAUCUUUUGUAUUAAAUAAAUUGCCGAUUAUAGCGAAUGUAGUAACAAUUGGUGAAAUACUGGGACAAGAUCUUAAGCUAAAAAGUGGCAAAGCAGUGGAAACUUCUGGUGGCUUAUUAAUAUGCUUAUCAGCCGACAAUGCUAAAGCAUUUUGCGAGGAGUUCUUUAUGUUGAGCAAUAAAGAGCAACAAGCAUGGAUUGUUGGCAGUGUUAAGCGCGCCAAAGAACGAGAUGCGUGUCUUCAACCCAAUGCGGAAAUUCUUGAAGUUGAUCAAUAAAACUCAUCUUUUGUACACAAACUUAUUUACAAUGUAUUCAAGUUUCAACCAUAGUUGCUAUAAAGAGUGCGGGGUUCAAUUGAUGACGAGUUUUUCGUAAAGAUUUUAAAUCAUGAAAAGCUCUGAGAUAUUUUUGAUCCUUUAUUCGAUAUACAAAUUAUGGAUUGCGCUUAAAAUCUUGUUUCAUUACCAAAUUUUAAAAGUUAAGACAUUCAACUAGUGACGAGAUGUUUGUAAAGAUUUAUAUAUGCCGAAAUUUCCGAUAUAAUUUUGAUAUUAAAUUUUAUUAUGGUACACAAAUAAAUAAUUUAAUUUGAACGUAA